AUGCCUACCACAGGUCGGAUGGAUCCAUCACCAGCUUCGAGGCGGGCCUCGCUGUCGUCCAUCAACUCGCCCACUGUGGACAAGGAGGCUUUGCAGAAAGAGCUGGACCACAUUCAUACCACUGCCUCACGCUCAGACACUUUGACUUCGUUCAGCGACUUUGAGCGCAGCCGUACAAGCAGUCCUCGUGUACCCGGCCCGAAAGAGUUGGUCAGCGGACGAAUCAGUGGUCUAUACUCGCGCUUGAGGCAGAGUGUCGGAGCCGCGUCUCCUGCCUCGGAUACGUCGACGCGUCCUGGCAGUCGAGGGAGCUAUACUGUCACAGAUGCCUCGUCAUUAAGAAGUUUCUCGAAACCAGAAUCACCCACACUCCUCCGUUCGAACCACGUUUCGCGUCUGAGCGAUGCCAGUGCUGUCAUAGCCGAGACCGACUUUGCGCUCGCGCCAUCAAUCCCUUCGUCUGCUGUUCAUUCGCGUCCAGGUUCCCGUGAUCUAACUCGCUCAGCCUUACAUACCGCUGCGUCAUCUCCUUCGGCAAGACGAGCUUCUCCGCCCGGCCUGGUCCGUCAUGCCGAAAGCAACCAGAGCCAGCCGUUUCUGGUUGAGUCCAAAAGAUUGUCGCAAAAUCUGGAUGGAAGGCCCUUGUCCCAGACUUUUGAAGGCAAACGGUCAUCGGUCAACCUGGACAACAACCGACCAUCACAGAACUUUGAGCGAAAGCGUCUGUCACAGUCAGACGCCCCAUUUAUGGGUCCUCGGCCAGAACGUCCCACCAUCACCGUGCAGACAGAUAGCCAAUCUAGCGCCCCUAUCCCUGCUGACCGACGUGACAGCGAUGCCUCGUCAAGGACUCAGAAUCACCUAAAGCCUGAGCGUCCGCCUCUCCGUGUAACUGCUUCUCACUUGCCUAACUUGCGAAUAUCGCAGGCGUCUGUAGUUGAUGGCGUCCUUGACACCUCCUCUAUAUUUAGCACUAACCUCGCCACACCUAUGCUUGAUGCUCAACUCAACUUUAAUGGUGGCAUGCAGAGUCGUCGAGUACCACAUGGAGAAGGACAGCCACUAGACCCAUCGGACAAGAAGUCUACCACGAUACCGGCUCACCUCAAGCGGCGGGUCAUAAGCAAAGAGUUUUGGAUGAAAGAUGAGAAUGCUCGUGACUGCUUCUAUUGUGGUGAUCCUUUCUCGACUUUCCGCAGAAAACAUCAUUGCAGAACUUGCGGUCAGAUCUUCGACGCCAAGUGUACUGUGACUGUCCAAGGCAAACCCUUUGGUCAGUCAGGCACGCUCAGACUAUGCAAGCCAUGCGACGCCAUGAUUUAUGGCAGUGAUGAUGACUCGACAGUCUUUACAGACGAAGACGAACCCAAACGAUCUCCCGUAUAUGCUUCUCACUCGCAAGAACAAGAUGUCUUCAAGCCAGAUGACCCAGCUCUCGCAACACCCUCAAUCGGUAUUCCCGUCUCGAGGAGAAACAGAGAAGCCAAGAGACGUUCUGCUGUCAUCGAGUUUGACAUGCAGCCCACGUUAGCACGCCCAAGUUCAUCUCGUUCACUAAAGUCAAUGACUGGAAGGCCACAUUCUUCAAGUCACAAGCGACACCACUCUCGCCAUCAAUCUGUGCGCCCUUUAAAAACUCCUGCAGAAGAGCGAGGACCAUUCUACCAGAAUAUCGCAGAGACACAACGACGACCAUUUACUGCUUUCCACAAUGACAACAUCAUUGACCCUGACUUGGCUCCAUUCCUGUCUGACGAUGGAUCUGAUGCGGACGACCAGCCCAGCAUAUACACCACUAUCAGUGACGUGCCUGGUCCGUCUUCGCUGGACAACGAACGAGCUGGAUUCACGAGCUUGCUGGCCUCAGCAGUCAAGAAGGGUCGCUCGAGACGGGGCGAUAGAAGUGCUGGCGGUCACAGUCUACGUGCUUCUCGUGAUCUGGAGCACUUCAUGUUUGCUUCCAAGCACCUCCCCAAGCUGCGAAAACAGCGCAACCCAAGUAUUGGAAGCGUUGGCAUAUCGCGUCCAUCUCCUCGGAGGAGCCGCAGUCAAAACAUGAUGAAGACCUUUGAGGCUGGGGCAAAUGACCCGUCCGUGUUUGAUAUCUUCAAUCCUGUUCUUGCAGAUCAAGCUCAGGUCAAGCGAAGUUCCGGUAUGCAUGGUCAGAACGCUCCUGCAGUCGAAUUGAACAGAGCCAGUCUCCAGCAUGUCGAGCGCCUUCUGACCCAGCUACUCAAAGAGUCUGCGAUUCCUCGACGUCGACAUUGGCAGAAGGCCUUGAUGCCCAUUCUUCUGCAGUGUCCUAACGAUGUGGAUCCGGACGUUCAGAACGGCGAUGACAUGGACAUCAGAAAUUACAUCAAAAUCAAGAAAGUACCUGGAGGCAAACCUGGCGAUACUUCGUACGUCUCAGGAGUCGUCUUCAGCAAGAACAUUGCUCUGAAGGGCAUGCGACGAAGCUUUGUCCGUCCUCGGAUUGUGAUAAUAUCGUUUGCCAUCGAGUAUGCCCGCCAUAAUCACCACUUCAUGAGUUUGGAGCCCGUCAUUGCUCAGGAGCGAGAGUAUUUGCGCAACCUCGUAGGUCGCAUCGUCGCAUUGAAACCCCACAUCUUGUUGGUCCAGCGAAAUGUGUCGGGGCUGGCUCUGAACAUGCUGCAAGAAGCAGGAGUCACCGUGGUGUACAACAUCAAGGAAUCCGUACUCGCCGCUGUUGCUCGGAUGACACAGACAGUCUUGAUCAAGUCGAUAGACAAGCUAUCAAUCGACCCUUCUGGAUUGGGACAGUGCUCCAACUUUGAUGUCAAGACCUAUGUCCAUGGGAAGAUCAGAAAAACUUUCAUCUGGAUAUCUGGUUGCCAGCCCGAGCUUGGCUGCACCAUCGUUCUUCGUGGUGCAGAGAUGGAAACACUUCGUCAAAUCAAAAGAAUCACAGAGUUCAUGUGCUACGUUGUCUACAACCUCAAGCUCGAGACUUGUCUGAUGCGGGACGAAUUUGUGUUGAUUCCUUCUUCAAUCAGUACUGCUAAGUCUACCCCUCCAAACAUCAACACCGCAACUUCCAAAGCAGUGGAUAUUGCAAAUGCCCCGGUUACACCCACAGCCCAAACACAAGCGGAAGUUGAGACUGGUACAGCAGAUUUACCAGUUGGUAUUGGCGACGAACACUCCGAAUCAAAACCUGACGCAUUGAACCAUCUGGUGAAUGCAGCUCGACAUGUUGCACCUGAUCCUGUCACCAAAUUACAGGGUGAACAAGAUGAUGAGUCCAUGCCAUCACAGUAUAGAGAACUUGUCGAAACAGCCAGGACUCGAUUGAUAUCGUCGUCUCCCUUCGUCAAAUUUCCCGAGCCCGUCCUUCUCGCCAAAGUCCAAGACCAAGAAAGACGGGUUGAACAGACAAAGCGGCUGCGAGAUCGCUAUGAUGCGUUCGAGCUUGAGCAUAAUCACAACGAAAAGGCCAGCGAGACUCAAGAGGAGGACAUUGCGCAAGCAGACAAGUUCCAGUUGGUCAUGCCAGAGAUGAUCUCCAAAGCUUUUCCUCCAGAUCAAAGCCGGUCCACUCGCAAAUUUCUCCGAGACAUUCAUGACGCACAAUACCAAAUGGCUCUUCAUGAGUACAACAUCAAGAAACGACAGUGGGAGUCCUUCUUCUCGAUCAGCAACAACAAUCCAUUUAACCCCUUCAGUCAUCAAAACAUCUUUGUCUUGCAUUCUCUCGUUAGCAACGCCUUGUCUGCACCUUGUGCUGGUCCUGAAGUUCUGGGUCUCUCGUUUUAUGCCGGAUGGGGAAAUGCUGAGCUAGGGCUAGAGGAAGAUCUUACUCUUGGCCAAUUCAUCGAGGAGACCUGCGCAACCGCAGCCACUGCAUGCAAGCAAUGUAGCCACCGCAUGUUUGAUCACCAUCGUCAAUACGUGCAUGGUUCUGGCCAAGUUAGUGUCUCGGUCAAACGCUUUCCAUCCAAGUUCCAGAAUCUUCACAAUACCAUUUUGAUGUGGUCCACUUGCAAACUAUGCCAACAAGAAACUACAUGGAUACCAAUGUCAGACAAUACUUGGAAGUACUCUUUCGGCAAAUACUUGGAGCUCAGUUUCUGGAGUACACCUUUGAAGCCGCGAGCGGGCGUAUGCCCACACGACAUACACAAGGACUUUGUAAGAUGUUUCGCAUUUCAAGGUCUUGCUGUUAGGAUUCAGUGGGACAAUGUUGACCUGUACGAUGUCUUGGUACCUACGCCGACGAUCAAUUGGGAAGUCAAUGCUGGACUUGAGCUCAAAAAUCAGCUCUAUCUACACUUCCAAGCGCGUCUAUCAGCGUUUAUCGCAUCUAUCAGAGUCCGUCUGAACUCUAUCAAUCUCUCUACUGUCGCACCAGAGAAGCAAGCUGAUGCUUCAGCGACUCUGGAGAAGCUGGCACAGAGAGUAGACAGCGAUCAUGAGGCACUGUUGCAGAAACUCCAAGACAAGUAUAUGGCUUCCAAGUUUUACGAAAUCAUUCCUCUCAAUCGAGCAGUCCGCAUGAUGGACGAGAAGGCGCUCACGUGGGAUGAAGAGUUCAAUGAUUUCGAGACGAAGUUCUUCCCAUCAGAGCAUGAUAUCAGAAGACUAGCCACCCUUCAGUUGAAGAAGCUGUUCCUUGAUCGAGGCGAAGCGGCUGGAAUCUCUCAUUAUGAUCUAAACGAUGCCGACGAAGGGAUGGAGAUGAAAGAGAGGCCAUCUCCAGGCAUGGGUCUCACCGAUGAAGACCUCCAAUCGGAAAAGGCUCAACACAUGCUUACAUCUGUUGUCGAAGAACACGGUCACUCGCAUCCUAAAACAGAUACCAACAUUGACCCACUCGGAUCGAGAGAACAAGGUGUCGAGGGUUCAGACAAUCCCAUUCUGUCCAAACAACUGUCACCCAGCGAAAUAGAGCAAGCCGUCGAAAGAGAAGACGUCAAACAUCUGGAUCUUGCUGUCCCUUCGGCUUUUGCGGACCCACCCGUAGAUCAAGAAACUCCUAGAGCUGAGAAUGGUCCACAGGAAGGAGAUGUGGCGGAGUUGAAGUCGCCCGAGUCGUUCGUGACCGACCCCAAACCGUUGAACUCCAGCAUUCUUGAACGUAUCGAACAAAUGCGUUCCGCUGCUGCCGCUGCUGCUUCUACAAGCCCUGAAGCGGUUGCCAGUGGCGAGAGUUCUGGUACCACCACACCUACUCCUGGCAAGCACCACAACAGAGAUCUGGCCAAAUCUAUCGAACUUCGAUUGAGUGACCGCUUGGGUGGUGGGUACAUCAAAGGUGGAAGAGCACAGCAGUCCUUGAUACCGAGGUCAGUGCCGAGCAAGGCUUUUGAUAACAACACUCGUGUCUCAGCUCUCGCCAAACAUUUUGAACAAUUAUCUCGUGAGUUCGAAAGAGAAAGAGCGCGUGAGCGUAGGCAGCGAGCCGCUCGACGCAGACAGGUCCGCGCCAAUCCUCUUGCCAGCAGUAAGCCCGUUGUUGAGGUUUAUCGAGAUGCUCGCGAAGCUGUGGGAGAAAGAACAGAGCCCGAUGUUGUUGAUCCUCCCAUGAGCGAAUCGAAUGAAACAUCGGAUCUGCCAAUGGAAGAUGUACCUGACCAAAGUUCAGACACCGUUCAAGAUCAGCACGAUAACGAUGAUGCCACGGAUAAUGAGACUGCAGAAUCGACCACUGGUCACACUGAUACCGAUGUUGAAGGCGACACUACUGACAAUGAUAUUCAUCUACCCUACAAACCCGGCUUCUCAGAUCCUGGCUCAAUCUCGGGCAAUGGUUCAUCUGCAUCGCCUCAUGAUGCGGACUCACACUUGGAGAUGACGUUGCCGAGACAUGAAAAACAUUCCCUGAUGAAGAUGCUUACAAGCUUCUGGUCUGAGCGGUCGUCAUCCGGCUGGAUUUCACUUGACUAUCCCCUGCACUCUAAUGAACACGUCUUUGAUGAUAGCGACAUCAUUGUGCGCGAAGACGAGCCCGCAUCAGUCAUUGCGCUUGCCCUUUCUUCUGCAGAUUACACUGCCAAGUUGCGAGAGUUCCGAGGCAACCCCAACGGUGGUUUCCACGGACAUCACGGUCACACUGAAUCACAAUCCAGCUUCAACUUUGCCGCAGACAUCAGUAGCAACGAUGCCAGCCAGCAAUCGGCUAUUGAGGCGAGCUUGAUCAGUGAGACGGGCACGCACAUGAAAUAUAGCUUCAGCCACAACAACGUCCGCGCGACCUGCAAAAUCUUCUACGCCGAGUCGUUCGAUGCUCUGAGAAGAAAAUGCGGCGUGAGCGAACGAUUUGUCGAGUCGCUCUCUCGAUGCGCGAAAUGGGAUUCUAAAGGAGGAAAGACCAAGUCACUCUUCCUCAAGACCCUGGAUGAUCGUUUUGUCAUCAAAUCACUGCAGGAAGUCGAGCUCAAAGCUUUUACAAAGUUCGCGCCUGACUAUUUCGCGUUCUGUGCGCAGAGCUUGUUCCAUGGCGUGCCUUCCGUGAUAGCGAAAAUGUUUGGCCUUUUCCAGGUUGAGCUGCGCAACCCCUCCAACGGCGUCGAGUUUUCCUCUUAUCUUCUCGUCAUGGAAAAUCUUUUCUACAGCCGCAAUCCGACCAGGAAGUUUGACUUGAAAGGUAGUAUGCGCAAUCGCAAGAUUGAGAGCACCGGUUUGCCAGAUGAAGUCCUCUUGGAUGAAAACCUCGUCGAGACAAUCUUCGAGAAACCCUUGUUCGUCAGAGAGCAUGCUCGUAAAUUGCUCAAAGCCAGUGUAUGGAACGAUACAAUGUGGCUCUGCCGCCAAAAUGUCAUGGACUAUUCCCUGAUGGCCGGCUUCGACGACGAGAAGAAGCAAUUGGUCGUCGGUAUCAUUGAUUGCAUCAGAACCUACACCUGGGACAAGAAACUCGAAUCCUGGAUCAAAGACCGCGGCAAGAACAAACCCACCAUCACCUCGCCAAAGGACUACCGCAACCGCUUCCGCGUGAGUAUGAUGCAAUACGUGCUCCAAGCCCCCACGGUCUGGCACUCUUUCCUCGCCCCAGGUUUGCCCGUCACGGGCGUGACGUUCAACGCCGCAGGUGGAGUAGAAGUCUCGAGAAAUGGCAACAAUGCGAAUGCGGGGCCAGCGGCAAACGCAGAAGGCAGAAGUGUAGCGGGAAGCUGGGAGGAGAGGAGUACGGUGGAGGAUGAUCGUAGGUUGGCGCUUACCGAGGGUCAGGUGUUGGAUGAUGCGACCAUCCGGGAGAUGUCGACCAUGUCGUUUGUCUAG